AGCGGAUCCGAUUGAACUCUUGAUGGGCCUCUUACGAUCCGGGCCUUAUAUAUAUAUCUCAUUCCAAAGAGAAAUGCGUCAAAAAGGCUUCUGCGCAAGAAAGAAACACUCGUUUUUCUCCCUCCCGCCAUUGCUCGAAGCUUCCUGUCUACUUUGUCUGUAUUUUACGCACAAAGGCAAUGGCUACUGAAGAAGACUCCGUGGAACAAGUUGCUGCAGCACGUAAAGAGAGAUUGAAAGCUCUAAGAGCUGCUCAGGAAUUGUUAAACAAUUCAGAUGAGAAGAAUUCUGGAGGAGAGGAUAAAGAGAAUGGAGCUACUGAAGAUUCUGAUGAAACUAAUCUCAAUAUGAAAUUUCGGAACUAUGUUCCUCAUGAUAAAGAGCUUCAGGAGGGCAAGCUUGCCCCACCUGUAUUGCCUAAAUUUGAGGACCCUGUUACUUCUGAACCUCCACAACUAAAAGAGGACCCAUUUGUAAAUAUCGCUCCAAAGAAACCAAACUGGGACCUUAGAAGGGACGUGCAGAAGAAGCUUGAUAAGCUUGAAAGACGCACACAGAAAGCACUAUUCAAGCUUAUGGAGGAACAAGAAAAGCAAAAGCAGGCAGCUGAAGGAGACAAUGACGAAAAUGGUGCAGAGUGAUAGUUUCCCACAAUUUAUAUGCUCUCUGAUGUUACAGUCACGGUAAUAUUCACGAUAUAUCGACAUGCUUGGAGAAAAUUGUCCUUAAAGGGCAAUGGCAUUUCUGGCUUGCAACUUUACAUUCUUAGUUGCAAAACUUUACAUUUAUAGUUUAUCUAUGGUGUGGCUCAUUGUGUGUUCCUUGACCAUUACAUCCAAUAGAAUAUCUCAUACUGCAUAGUGAUUUGUAAUUUACCUAAACUAAAACUAACUUUGUAUUUCACUUUAUCUUCUACGUUGUUUUUCUUCUUCAUUUUAUAAUCUAUUAGACACACAUUAAUUUGGCAUA